AUGAACUCAUUCGCCCCUCAGGACUUUCAGGAAUGGGUAGAUAGACGUCAAAGCAGCGUGUCUACCUCCACCGUGUCGUCUGCGUCAACAAGCGUUCUCUUCUCGAGCCCCACGACCUCUCCGGGGUCUAGCUCGAGAAAGCAAUCCUGGCAGCUCUACGACGAUGUCGUGCGCCUCGUGCUAACUCCCUCGGUGCAAAUCUCUUUCGUGAAAAACGGGCAACUUUUCAAGUUGCAUUAUACCUUCAUCGAUGUCUGCAAAGACUCAACGGGCGCGUUGAGAUGCCUCGAACUUGGAGGGGGACUUGGCCAACAAUCACCCUUUGUCCACGGCUUUUCAAAUACAAAACUGCCAGUACCGCAUCUAGAGCAUCCGAAAUCAGGCGACGAUUACCCCUUGCGAGUGUCCUUUAUGGAUCAACAGACCGUUCACACAGCACAUACAGUCUUCAUGACUCAAUUAUCAUAUAAGUUCGAAAACUGGGAUGACUGUGUUCGAUUUCAGGAACUACUGCUCUGCUCGAAAUUGAUGUUCAUUGGUGGCAUGGCAGAGGCCAAAUCCAAAGGCAGAGGAGAAGAGUGUAUCAGCCAAAACCUCCGGAUUUUGCGCGGACACAAUGGCAAACGCGUUAUUCUCUACUUCGCCAACUCCCAGCGAAGGGAGCUCAAGCGUUACGUUUCCAUUCCCCUUAACUGCAUUGGGGGCAUCAAACCACCGAAGAAGCCGGGGCGGCCAGCCACCGUGGAAUUGAAUCCAAACUUCGAAAUCCUGGCGCAGAUGAGAAAUCUGACCAUCCAGUUCCUCGACGAUGACGGUCAGUGCACAUUUGAGUUUUGUCGUGGGUCGUUCGCUUACCAGUAUCUCUCUUCUCUAGACUGCAACGAAUUCUGUCAGAUGUUAUCGUACGACCUGGCACUUGGAUGA